AUGAAGCUUGCCAAAAUAUGUGGAAUAAAAACGACAGCGGCAGCCGAAAAGGCUAUUGAUAGCAAUGCUGAUCUCCUUGGUAUGAUCAUGGUACCUAAUAGGAAGCGAACCAUAGACAAAAAUGUAGCUUUGCAGGUUACUGAAUUGGUCAAAAAUCGUAGAAAGGAUACCAAAAGACAGAUCCAAACUGCUUCACAGUUGAUCAAACAUAUAGAGAACGAUACAUUCAGCAGCAUAGACGAGUUACUUUCCAAAUUCAAGGUACUUAUUCAAGAAAACGGCCCUUUUAGUGUUGGUGUAUUUCGCAAUCAAAGCAUAGAAGAGGUAUUCAAAACUGCAAACGAACUCGAUUUGGACAUUAUACAGCUCCAUGGAAGCGAAGACAAGCCUGAAUUUGUUAAAUACAACUCCAAAAAUGAAAAAUUUGUGAUAAUAGGCCGCUACGUUGUGCCCAGCGAUGUUCCGAAUUUGGAACCGAUGUUCGAGUCUUUACUAAAAGAUGGAAAGUAUGUGGGCGGUGGCUUGAGUAUACCUCUUUUAGACUCCGAGGCAGGCGGUGAAGGAAUUACGAUUGACUGGGAUGCAGUUGGUGGUAUUCUGAAGGGUAUAUUUCUUCUCGCAGGCGGGUUGAAUAGUGACAAUUUGAAAGAUACGAGCCACUUGAAAAACGUCAUUGGAUACGAUGUGAGCGGAGGUGUUGAAGAUGGUGAGGGACACAAGGACUUUACCAAAAUUGAAAACUUUAUAAAAGUUGCACAUAGCAUAUAA